AUGGCUUGCACUGGAGUGCUAUCCUUUAUAUCAUCUCCUUCAAAGGUAUGCAAAAGCACCUCUCUUUCUUGCUCUUCACAUCAGUCACACUCUACUUCUCUAACUAAUAUUGAACACCAACAAAAUAAUAAUGAAAACACUUCCAAUGCACGGCAGAAGUUUAGCUAUAGUAGAGCUUCACCAUCAAUCAGAUGGCCCCACCUUAAACUUUCUGAUUCUUGCACUUCUCCUCAUACCCAAUUCCAUAUUGCUUCUCCCUCACCUACCCAAUUCUUUGACGAAAUGCCCGAGUCCGAGAGUGAUAAUAAGAGCCCAAAGUUGGGCGCUUUGGAGUCUGUGGAGGUAGACGAUGAGAGCCAAGAAAGAUUAGGGAGGUUGAGCAGAACUAGGGUUAAGAAAAUGAAUAAAUUGGCUCUUAAAAGGGCUAAAGAUUGGAGGGAGAGAGUUAAGUUUUUGACUGACAGGAUAUUGGGACUGAGACCUGAUCAGUUUGUGGCUGAUGUGUUGGAUGAUAGUAAAGUGCAAAUGACACCUACUGAUUUUUGUUUUGUGGUGAAGUGGGUAGGCCAAGAGAAUUGGCAACGCGCUUUGGAGGUAUUUGAAUGGUUGAAUUUACGUCAUUGGUAUUCACCUAAUGCGAGAAUGCUUGCCACAAUUUUGGCUGUUUUGGGAAAGGCUAAUCAGGAGGCUUUGGCUGUGGAAAUAUUUAUUAGAGCUGAGUCUACGGUUGAUAAUACUGUGCAAGUAUACAAUGCUAUGAUGGGUGUUUAUGCAAGGACUGGUAGAUUCAAUAAGGUUCAAGGAAUGCUUGAUUUAAUGCGUGAAAGAGGAUGUGAGCCGGACCUUGUUAGUUUCAAUACUUUGAUAAAUGCUCGAUUGAAGGCUGGUGCUAUGACGCCAAAUGUGGCUAUUGAGCUUCUAAAUGAGGUGAGGAGGUCAGGGCUUAGGCCGGAUAUAAUAACUUAUAAUACUCUUAUUAGUGCUUGUUCACGUGAAUCAAAUUUGGAGGAGGCCGUGAAGGUUUUUGAUGAUAUGGAGGCACAUUAUUGUCAGCCCGAUCUAUGGACAUACAAUGCUAUGAUUUCGGUUUAUGGAAGGUGUGGAUUCUCUGGCAAAGCUGAGCAGCUUUUCAAGGAAUUGGAGUCUAAAGGGUAUUUCCCAGAUGCAGUAACAUAUAACUCUUUGUUGUAUGCUUUUGCAAGAGAAGGGAAUGUGGAUAAGGUAAAAGAGAUUUGUAAUGAAAUGGUGCAAAUGGGAUUUAUCAGAGAUGAGAUGACCUAUAAUACUAUCAUCCACAUGUAUGGAAAGCAAGGUCAGCAUGGUCUGGCAUUACAGCUGUAUAGGGACAUGAAGUUGUCAGGUCGGACUCCUGAUGCUAUUACAUAUACUGUUUUGAUUGAUUCACUAGGGAAGGCAAAUAAGAUGGUGGAGGCUGCUAACGUGAUGUCAGAGAUGCUAAACAUAGGAGUUAAGCCUACUCUGAGGACUUAUAGUGCUUUGAUUUGUGGUUAUGCGAGGGCUGGCCAAAGACUGGAGGCUGAAGAGACUUUUGAUUGCAUGCGAAGGUCUGGGAUUAGGCCUGAUCAAUUAGCAUACUCAGUUAUGUUGGAUGUCUUCUUGAGAUUUGAUGAGGCAACAAAGGCAAUGAUGCUGUACAGGGAAAUGGUUCGUGAUGGUAUCACUCCAGAUCCUACUGUUUAUGGGGCAAUGCUUCGAAAUCUUGGAAGAGAAAAUAAAGUGGAGGACAUUCAAAGAAUAAUUAGAGAUAUGGAAGAAGUAUGUGGUAUGAAUCCACAAGCUAUUGCGUCUAUUCUUGUCAAGGGUGAAUGCUAUGAGGAUGCUGCAGGAAUGCUGAGGUUGGCCAUCAGUGGCAGUGAUGAAAUUGACAGUGAGAAUUUGUUAUCUAUUUUGAGUUCAUAUAGUUCAUCUGGGAGACAGGCUGAAGCACUUGACUUGCUUCAAUUCUUAAAAGGACAUGUUUCCAAAUCCAACCAACUGGUAGCUGAAGCUUCCAUUGUUACUCUUUGCAAGGCUAAGCAGUUGGAUGCUGCUUUAAAGGAGUACAAUGAUACAAGAGAAUUUGAUUGGUUUACUGGGAGUUGUACCAUGUAUGAGUCCUUGAUUCAGUGUUGUGAAGAAAAUGAAUUCACUGCUGAAGCUUCUCAAAUUUUUUCUGACAUGAGAUUUAAUGGUGUCAAACCUUCCAAGUCUCUCUACCGAAGCAUGGUGCUCAUGUAUUGUAAAAUGGGUUUUCCUGAAACGGCUCAUUAUUUGAUUGAUUUGGCAGAAAUUGAAGGCAUGCCAUUUGAUAAAAUCUCCAUUGAUGUUGCUGUUAUUGAGACAUAUGGGAAACUGAAGCUGUGGCAGAAAGCAGAAAGCUUGGUGGGGAAUCUUAGACAGAGAUGUACAAAUGUGGAUCGGAAGGUCUGGAAUGCUUUAAUACAAGCUUAUGCAGCAAGUGGCUGUUAUGAACAAGCCAGGGCUGUUUUUAAUACAAUGAUGAGAGAUGGUCCUUCCCCAACUGUGGAUUCCAUUAAUGGCCUUUUGCAAGCAUUGAUUGUUGAUGGAAGAUUGGAAGAGCUUUAUGUGGUAACCCAGGAGAUACAAGAUAUGGGUUUUCAAAUAAGUAAAAGUUCUAUUCUUCUGAUUCUUGAUGCAUUUGCACGGGUAAGCAACAUAGCUGAAGCGAAGAAAAUAUACCAGGGAAUGAAGGCUGCAGGUUAUUUUCCUACCAUGCAUCUUUACAGGAUAAUGAUUGGGUUAUUGUGCAAGGGAAAACGAGUAAGAGAUGUUGAAGCCAUGGUUACUGAGAUGGAAGAAGCAGGUUUCAGGCCUGAUCUCUCAAUAUGGAAUUCUAUGCUCAGGUUAUACACUGGAAUUGAUGACUUUAGGAAGACAGUUCAAAUAUACCAGCGGAUUAAAGAAGAUGGACUUCAACCAGAUGAGGACACUUAUAACACAUUAAUUGUAAUGUACUGCCGAGACCACAGACCAGAGGAAGGCUGUUCACUGAUGCAUGAAAUGAGAAGGAUAGGAUUGGAGCCCAAGUUGGAUACCUACAAAAGUUUGAUUGCAGCAUUUGGUAAGCAGCAGUUGGUGGUGGAUGCAGAAGAACUUUUUGAAGAGUUACUGUCAAAAGGAUCUAAACUGGAUCGCUCUUUUUAUCAUAUUAUGAUGAAAAUAUAUAGAAAUUCAGGAAACCACUCCAAAGCUGAAAAGCUAUUGAGCAUGAUGAAAGAUGCAGGAGUGGAACCCACUAUUGCAACAAUGCACUUACUUAUGGUGUCCUAUGGCAGCAGUGGACAGCCUCAGGAAGCUGAAAAAGUGCUCACUAACUUGAAAGAGAUGGGUUUGAGUCUCAGUACACUGCCAUAUAGUUCUGUAAUUGAUGCUUAUCUUAAAAAUAAAGAUUACAGUGUUGGAAUUCAGAAGCUCGUGGAGAUGAAGAAAGAAGGCCUGGAACCAGAUCACAGAAUAUGGACAUGCUUUAUUAGAGCUGCUAGUUUGUCUGAGCACACGCAUGAUGCUAUUCUUCUUUUACAAGCUCUCCAGGAUUCUGGAUUCGAUCUUCCAAGCAGGCUUAUAACAGAAAGAUCUGAUUCACUAGUUUUGGAGGUGGAUCAUUGUCUUGAGAUGCUUGAAACCAUGGAGGAUAAUGCAGCCUUUAAUUUUGUUAAUGCCUUAGAGGAUUUGUUGUGGGCAUUUGAACUUCGAGCCACUGCGUCUUGGGUUUUCAGAUUGGCUGUCAAGAGGAGCAUCUAUUGCCAUGAUGUGUUCAGGGUGGCUGAGCAGGAUUGGGGGGCUGAUUUUAGAAAGUUGUCAGGUGGUGCAGCUCUUGUUGGCCUUACUUUAUGGCUUGAUCAGAUGCAGGAUGCUUCAUUACAAGGUUAUCCAGCCUCUCCUAAGUCUGUUGUUCUGAUAACUGGGACAGCUGAAUACAACAUGGUUUCACUUGAUAACACAUUGAAGGCAUGCCUUUGGGAAAUGGGGUCCCCAUUUCUUCCCUGUAGAACACGAAGCGGGCUCCUUGUUGCUAAGGCACAUUCCCUUAGAAUGUGGUUGAAGGACUCCCCUUUCUGCUUGGACCUUGAGUUAAAAGAUGCUCCAUCUCUCCCCGAGUCAAACUCGAUGCAGCUUAUUGAGGGGUGUUUCAUAAGGCGUGGCCUUGUUCCUGCAUUUAAGGAGAUUAACGAGAAACUUGGAUUUGUGAGGCCAAAAAAAUUUGCAAAAUUGGCUUUACUGUCAGAUGACAAAAGACAAAAGGCAAUUCAUGCUGACAUAGAGGGUCGGAAAGAAAAGUUGGAAAAGCUCAAGAGUAAGGUUGAUCUUGAGAGAAAAAAUAAGACAAACAAGUUAAGAAGGAGAAGAUUUAUUCGGAAAGAUAUGCUGUCAAAGUCUCAGGAGAUUAAAUUAGACUAUGGAACUGUGAAAUAAAAUAGCCCAUACAGAAAGAUGGCGUGAUUUGUGUUGAGAUGAAGGUGAAGAUGUAUCAGCAUAGAGAAUUACACUUGCUGGAUGCCUUAGUAAUUGAGCAAGGAAAUUGUCUCUGUUCUUACUGUAGAUCAUGAGAUGAUAUGGAACCUCAUAAUUCUGGCUUAUCACAGAUGGUAUCUCAUUCCAGGCAUGCAGCUCAUCAUAGAUCAUAGAACUUAAAAUCAAAUCAUUAUUGCUGGAACUAUAGAACAAAGAGUCCUCUUUUAGUUGUUCACUGGAACCCAAGACAGAAGCUUCUCAAGGCUUGAAUGAUCAUACUUUAUGCAACUCCUGAACUGAAAAAUACAGUGUUCGUCAGGGUUAACUCUGAUCACCACCUUUGCUUCACCAAGAGGCUAACGUUUCUCAGGCCUCACAACGAUGGUUGCUGAUUGCGUUGGUGUGUGCCAGAUUCCAUGGUGAUAAAAACUCAUCAUCAUGGCCAAUAUUAUAUCAUCCACUGUUAAUAUUGUAAUAUACAUGAUUAAGACAACAAAUGUACUGAUAGAACAGACUUUAUAUAUUAGUUAACUAGUUCAUGUUCUUUGAGUUUCAUUACCAA